CUUUCCUUAACGUUAUAGGUUGAAUUUACUUCCACUUUUAGCGCCACGUCUACGAUAACGUGGCACCGCUAGGUUUUCUUUCCCUGUGCGUGGUCGGAGGAAUCUUAUUAUUAAACUUCAGCAUGUCGAUUUAAAACCCGCGAGGUCUCCCUGCCGGUUCAGAUGCGCCGCAGGCGGGGAUCUAUUUGCACACGGUGCGCGGCGGCAGUGUCGAUCACAAGGCUGUGCGUGGCGCGUGUUUAAUCCGCGCUCAGAUGAACACGGGUCCGCAGAGGAGACGAGCUGCACGUCCCCCUUUUUGGAUGAAGCCAACUUUAGCCUUUUAAAUCCCAUUGGAGAGUUAUUUUUUUGUGGAGCAUGUUUUUAUUUUAGUCUUGUCAAUUCGUCAAGUUUGAGGGAUUCGUUACUUUUAAAUUAGUUCCACUCCAAGAAGUCAAUUAUGUUCAAGAAGAAGGAUCCGGAAAGAAUGGGACUGGUUUCGGAUUUGAGGAGGUCGUACACCGCUUUGGCAAGUGAGCCCGACCAGAUGGCGUUUCAGAUAGACGGCACUGGUGGCAUCAAGCAUUGCCAUGACAACAGCAGUGCACGGGAGGAUCGUGAGCGAGAGAAGAAGGUCGCCCAGAGGAGGUUGUAUGUGGUGUCUGUCAUCUGCCUGCUUUUCAUGAUCGGUGAAGUCAUUGGUGGGUAUUUAGCAGGCAGUCUUGCGGUGAUGACGGACGCUGCCCACCUGCUUGCAGACUUCAUCAGCUUCCUCAUCAGCCUCUUGUCACUCUGGCUCUCCUCCAGACCUGCCACUCACAAGCUCAGCUACGGCUGGCAUCGCGCAGAGAUUCUGGGCUCUCUGCUGUCCGUGUUCACCAUCUGGCUGGUAACGGGAGUGUUGGUUUACCUGGCUGUGGAGCGUCUCGUCAGCAACGACUACACCAUCGAGGGCACUAUCAUGCUCAUUACCUCUGGUUGUGCCGUGUUGGCUAAUAUUGUCAUGGCCCUCAUUCUGCACCAGUCGGGCCACGGCCACAGUCACGGGGGAAUGGGCUCACACGGCCACAGCCACAAAGGGAGCGAACGCCAUCGCGCUGCGAAGCAGGAAGAUGACCGUGCAGAUGCAGAGAAAAACAUGGCUGCUAAAGGAGGGAGGUCUCAGCAGGACAACGCCAGUGUGCGAGCGGCCUUCGUCCACGUGUUGGGGGAUCUCCUACAGAGCGUCAGCGUGUUACUCAGCGCCAUCAUUAUCUUCUUCAAGCCAGAAUAUAAGAUGGCGGACCCCAUCUGCACCUUCCUGUUCUCCAUCUUUGUCUUGUGCACCACCUUCACCAUCUUGAGGGACAUUCUUGUAGUCCUGAUGAAUGGCACUCCUGCAGGGGUGAAGUACAGCGAGGUGCGUGAUGGCCUUCUACAGGUGACGGGGGUGAAGGCGGUCCACAACCUCCACAUCUGGGCCCUCACCAUGAACCAGACUGUACUGACGGCCCACGUAGCCAUAGACGAGACGGUGGACGCUCAGACCGUCCUUAGGGAAAUGACACAGGCCUGUAUCUCCUCCUACAACUUCCACUCCAUUACAAUUCAAAUGGAGAGGCAGGCCGACCUGAAGCCUGGAUGUACCCUGUGUGAGGAGCCCAAGAUGUAGGAACCUGCGUGACUCUUUUAGCCGAAUUUGACUCCGGUUUGAUCUGCACUGCUCUCGAGUUCCUGUAGCAUUCAUUCCAAAGGCCUAUGACCUAUGCGUCCCAUGUGUUUUGAUCCUCCCAAAGAAAUAGGAAAGAGCCUGAGAGAAGCUUGUUCAUGAUUGAAAUGAUUUUGGAAGACUGGAUCAAUAUCCAAACCAUUCCCUUUGCAUAACAUUUUAACAAACAUAAGAUGUACUUCUGUUGAAACACAAGUCGCAGGAUGAACCUGAGCUUCAAACUGUAAGCGCUGAACACGUGAUUUUCUGUAUUCCCAGGAAUUUCUUUGUGGAAAUCUCAUUUCUUUAAAGAAUAUUCAGAAACCCAGCAGUAGGGAGCAGUAAGACUCUCAGGCAUUCUGUAUUGUUCUUUAAAUAUGUAUGGAUGAACUAAUGAUGGUAAUGGUCUCCCUGAUGAGUCAACAAACGUGUAGUUAUGAUUUGCUCUUGCGUCCCCUUUUGUCUCUCGUUUGGGGGACGUAAUCUCUAAAUGUGCAUGUGGUACUCAUCUCUGUGAUAGCGUAAGUCGGUUAUUAAUUAAUUUAUAUUCGCUCAAAUCUAACAAGUCUGAGGUUGUACUAUUUAUUUUUAUGUUACUGUUAGAAUAAUAAAGUCACAAUAAUUUAAGAAGGAAAUCUGCCUUCUAGUUGAGUAAAGGCUUUUGCUUAGAAUCCUAUUAGCUAAUUGUUAACUUUAUUCAUGAUUGUGACAUCUGCUAGUGAUGAUUAUAUAUGUAUUUCAUAAUUACACAGACGUCUACUCGUCUUAAUAUAUAUUUUAACUACUGUGUUCACAUGGUGACCUUUUUAGAAAGCAUUCUGACCAAUGCAAAAGUACAGUUUUCUUUUUUAGCAUUAAAAGAUCAGACCAUUUCCACCUUGAU